AAUUCACAACCACGAAAACCCAAAAAUUAAUAUAUAAAAAAGCAAAAUAUACUACUGUGUUCCUUAUUCUCUAAGCAUAUACCGUGAGAUAGUUACUAUGAUAAUUGGAAACAAAGUUACAAAAGUCUUGAUUCUCUUCUUGUUUCAGUACAACAACCUUUGAUUCCUAUUGAAGGCAACAACAUUAACUCCUUCCCUUUUCCGAUCACCGGAAUGGCUUUCCGGCGAGUCCCUCUUGGCUUCUUUUUCUUUCUCUUUCUCAUAGCUUCUUCCCAGUCCUUGGAAUUCAAAAAGAAGCACAAAAUCAAAGGACCCAUCAAGACCCUUGUCGUCAUAAUCAUGGAAAACCGUUCUUUUGACCACAUCUACGGUUGGCUCAAAGCGACCCGACCCGACAUCGACGGGUUGGACGGCGACGAGUCGAACCGGGUUGUAGUCACGAACCCGGACUCGGAAGAAGUUAAGGUUUCAAACGACGCUCUGUUCAUUGACUCGGAUCCGGGUCACUCGUUUCAGGCGAUCAGGGAGCAGAUAUUCGGGUCGAACGAUUCGACCCAAGAACCGUUGAUGAACGGGUUCGCUCAGCAAGCGGAGAGCGAGAAUCCAGGCAUGUCGAGAACCGUGAUGAGCGGGUUCAAACCGGAGCUCCUACCGGUUUACACCGAGUUAGCGAACGAGUUCGCCGUGUUCGACCGGUGGUUCGCCUCGGUCCCCGCGUCGACUCAGCCGAACCGAUUCUACGUCCACUCGGCCACGUCACACGGAGCCAUGAGCAACGUACGGAAAGACCUUAUCCAUGGGUUCCCACAAAAAACGAUCUUCGACUCGCUCGACGAAAAUGACCUCAGCUUCGGUAUUUAUUACCAAAACAUCCCGGCAACCUUGUUCUUCGCGAGCCUGAGGAAACUAAAGCACGUGACUAAGUUUCACAGCUAUUCUUUGAAGUUUAAAUUGCACGCCAAGUUGGGUAAGUUGCCGAACUAUGCGGUGGUGGAGCAGAGGUACUUUGAUGUGGAGGCGUUGCCAGCCAAUGACGACCACCCGUCGCAUGACGUGGCGCUCGGACAGAGGUUCGUGAAGGAGGUGUACGAGACUCUCAGAGCUAGCCCUCAGUGGAACGAGAUGGCUAUUUUGAUUACCUAUGAUGAGCAUGGUGGGUUUUACGAUCACGUGCCCACGCCCGUUUAUGGUGUGCCUAGCCCUGAUGGGAUCAUUGGUGGUGACCCGUAUUACUUCCGGUUCGACCGGUUGGGUGUUCGGGUCCCGACCAUACUUAUCUCGCCGUGGGUCGAGAAGGGUAGUGUGGUUCAUUUGCCAGAUGGACCAACAGCAACGUCACAAUUUGAACAUUCUUCUAUACCUGCAACUGUGAAGAAGCUUUUCAAUCUGGAAUCAAACUUCCUGACCAAGAGGGAUGCAUGGGCUGGUACUUUUGAGAGCUAUUUUAACCUCCGUGAUAGUCCACGUGAUGAUUGUCCAGUAACCCUUCCAGAAGUAAAGAGAUCACUGAGGCCAUGGGGACCGAAAGAAGAUUCUAGACUAUCAGAAUUUCAAGUUGAAAUGAUCCAGCUUGCAUCCCAGCUCAAUGGUGACUAUGUCCUAAAUGCCUACCCAGAUAUUGGUAAGAGCAUGACAGUGGGUGAGGCCAACCGGUAUGCAGAGGAUGCAGUCAAGAGAUUCUUGGAAGCAGGGAAGGCUGCUCUUAAAGCUGGAGCUAAUGAGUCUGCAAUUGUUACAAUGAGACCUUCCCUCACUAGCCGAAUUAUGUUGAGGGAUCGGCACUGUCACGGCCAUCAUGUCGAAAGCUACUGAUUGAAUUGGCUUCAGAAACAGAAACGCCAGUUGUAAAUAAACAUUUACACUUGCACUUCUACUGUAUUGCCAGUGUAUAUUUGUACUAUAAUUAGCAUAUCAGAAAGAUGCGGACCUAUUAGCUUAAAGCUUUACCCAAUAAACCAAGUGGUACAUGAGAGCAUAUGGAAAUCAACUAUUUCUAUUUAUAACACAGUUGUGUACACGUUAGAGCAUUA